CUUCAAAAAUCAAUCGCCUGAAAAUUAGUUAGUGCAAGAAAUUUUCAAAAAUUCUUUGGUCAAAAGCUUGCUAGGUUUUCCGCUAGUCCUCUAUUCAUUUUGAAGUUCAUUCAUAAUUGCAUCCACCAUGGUGAAGAUCUUCGUCGGCCGUGUGCCGAAAACACUAUCCCCGGAGCGCCUGAAAGAGAUGUUUGAGAAGUACGGUGCCGUAACGGAAUGCCAGCCUGUGAAAGAUUACGCAUUUGUUCACAUGGAUUCCGAGACGGCGGCGGAUAACGCCAUCAAGGCCUACCAUAAUCUGGAGAUCGAAGGUGGAACUCUGACUGUCGAGAGAUCCCACGGUCGCCCAGCCAAAUCCAAACAGCGCGACGACCGAGCCCCCUAUACACGCGGACCGCCGCCACCGCGACGGGAUGAUCGUCGUGAGAACGGACGCUCAGGUUACCGUGACCGGUCUCCGAUCGAUCGGCGCCGCGACGACUACGGACGCGGUGAUUACGGCCGCAGCGGCGGCGGCGGUGCGGAUCGCAGCUACGGGAGCGGGGGUUCGCGGGGUUACGGUGGCGGGGAUGUGGGCACGGUGUAUGGGGAUCGCGGAUACGGUGGGCGCCCCUCGGGCGGGAGCUACGGCGGCGGAUACGAUUCCCGCGCUCCGGCGUCUUCGUUAGGAUCUUCCUACGAUUCCUACUCGCGACGGAGUCCGCCCAGGUCGAAUUACGGAAGUGGAUCGUACGGUGGGAGCUACGGAUCUGCCCCCGCGGCCGGUGGUUACGGUGGUUCCAGCUACGACAACUACGACCGCUAUUCCUCGUCCACGUAUUCCCGGGAUUCCGGACGAGGCUACGGUGCCGCUGCUCCGGCCGCAGGUGUUACGCGUCGCUAUUAGCCGUUUCGUUCUCAUCGAUCAUCGCCUGAGAAAGCCGUUAAAGCAUGUAGCAUUUCGCAAUCACGGCGCCAUCCAUGAGACAUGUUUCGUUAAAAGCCGUUUAAUUUUUCCCCGGCACAUGCCGUGCAAUGCGUUUAUAUGAGCGUCGGCCCCGUUGUACAGUUCAUGCGUUCUUCCCCUGCGAUUUUCCGGGAGAUCUGUUUUGCCUGCCAAUUUGUCGGUUUUUCGACUGCUGUUUGUGUAUCAUACCAGUUUUUGUUCGCCCAUCGUGAAAGUUGCAACGACGAUAAAAUGAAUAAAAUGCGCUAUUUUGCUCGCGUGCGCUCGGUUUCCAGCAGUGUUCGUCUGAAGAAUCGUUCCAGCGACGGUUGUAUCGAUUCCGUCUUGUGGAGCGGGUAGGUUGAUUGGUGUGUCACAUCGUUCGUUUGCUGUAACCGUUGUAUUUUUGUCAAACCGUUUUUCGUGAAACAUGCGAAGAAUACUGCGUGAGCGUCGGCUUUCCCGACCGUUUAUGCGGUUCAGCGCAACAGUCCUCGAAACUGCCAAUACUGCCAUAAAAGUUUUCCGUUGUUUUGUGUCACCGUGUAUAACUAGCAGCACUAGUUCCCGUGCGCUGCAGUUCCCAAACCGUGAAACUAUCCUGUCGCGUGGAACUGUCGUCUGAUCGAUGAUCGUCCGUGCUUACCGUUCGCUAUCGUCGGGACCAAUCAUCGAGAACUCGCAUCCGAUAAUGUGCGCUGAAAAUGUGAAUAUAGUGAUCCGGAUUAACGCGCUGAAAUCGGAUAUGCGUAGACUGGACGAAUGCCGAAGGUUAGAUCUGUGAAGGAUUUGGCAACCGGACUGUGGAAGGCGUUUUUGGAGAACCUUUCCUUGCCGCAAAGAAAGACGAUGGAACGUUUUCUGCGUGGCCGCCGAUUACCGACGGCAGUGUGAUGGAGCUGUGCUUCCGGCGUUGGGAAUUUGUUGAAGAUACGGUAUCGCUCUGCGGGAUGAGCUCCGUGGACUGCUUCCGGUUUCCUUUCGGGCAUUAGUUCGCACUUCGCAAAUGUUGUUUUGUUUUGCGGCUGUUGUUGCGAUUCGCGAUAGAAAUGCUUUCCGUUUGUUUGAUUGUUCCAGUUUUGAGAUUGCGUUAGGGAGAUCCUAAUCGACAUUGUGAUUAAUAAUUUGGCUUGAUUAAAUUAAUGUUUUACGUGUAUGAAAUCGAAAAGAUCAGAAACGUGUUUUUGGAUACUUAUUCGGGCUGGGCUUAAGUGAAGUAGAGCAGAGGAUUAUCAGUGGUCUUACAAUUGGUACAGUACUUGAUCGGUGAUUGCUUUGGUUGUCACGGUUUCAUCGUUUCAAAGAAUGCUUAUAGUACUUAGUUAUCCGAAUUAAACACUUGUGCCAAAAA